CAACUAUCCCGCGAGCUGCACUGUCAUGGCUUACGCCAUGAUCUAUCAUGGCCACUCUCACGCCAGCUUCUGCGCAAGCAAUUGCGCGUCUGCGCGCCUACCGACCGCCACCUACCCAAUGGAACAACCUCCCACUGUCACGAAGAGCAGCCGUCUUAAUCCUGCUCUUCGCUGAUCGAGCUGGCGACCUCCGAGUCGUCCUUACCAUGCGCGCGGGCACGCUGAGAUCAUACGCCGGACAAGCCGCCCUCCCAGGAGGUAAAUCCGACACCCUCUCCGAAACCCCCUUCGCCACCGCCCGCCGGGAAGCCUACGAGGAAAUCGGCCUCCCCCUCCACGACGCGCAGCUGCCCGCCCCCUUCCGCGUCGAGCACCUCUGCCAACUUCCCUCGAACCUCGCGAGGACGGAGCUGGGGGUGCGCCCCUGUGUCGCAUUCCUCAACACCUCCUCUUCCUCCUCCGCCGCCGCCGAGAGCGCGCUGAUCCCGCGCCUGGACCCCAAAGAGGUCGCAGCGGUCUUCACAGCACCAUUCCACAACUUCCUGCGCGAAAAGGACGAGGCCGACGGCCUGGCGCACACGAGCGCGAGCGCGGGCGACUUCCCCGGCGCCGAAGCGGCGGGCUUCAAGGCGGACUGGUACCGCGGCGUGUGGACCGAUUGGCACGAGAGCCGGUGGCGGAUGCACAACUUCUACGUGCCUGUCGGGCCGACUAAUAGCAGCCAGACGGUCGUGCGGCCAAAGAAAAAGACCGGGCCGCAGCCGAAGAUUACGCAUCCCAGCCCACCGGCGGAGGAGGAUGCGCUGGAGAGGCAGACGCGGUUCCGGGUGUUUGGCAUGACGGCGCGGAUUCUGGUGGAUGCGGCACGGGUGGCGUAUGGCGAGGAGCCUGAAUUUGAACACAACGCGCACUUCGGAGACGAGGAUAUGAUUGCGAGGUUGUUGAAGACGGGGCGGCUGGCGAUGGAGAAGAGGCAGGGGGAUGAGUUGACGAGGGAGGAUUUUAAGAACGCGGCGGUGACGAAGUUGUAGAUGAUCAUGAUAGAGGUUUGUAUUGGAGAUUUAGAUAUCACUUUAAUCAAAGAUUUGCUAGCCAGCGGCACCC